UCCAAAUAAAACGAGCAAAAGGCUAUCCCAAAUGUCAUCAAACAUCAACGACAAAUUGACUUUUGGCCCCACUCUUUUGAAUUCUCUACCCCCAAAAACUCCACCUUUUCCGCCCAAAACCUGGAAAAUUCCUUUCUUUCUCCUCACAUUACUUAUCUUUUCUUGAAAUUAAGACCCCAAAAAGUGAAAGCACAAACCCCUUUAAAUCUCUUUUCUCUCUCUUUCUCUCCCUCUCUGUCUCUGAUAUUUCAAGCAAAUGUAAGAGAAGAAAGAGGGGGGGAGAGGAGAUAUGGUAGUCCGCAAGGUGGGGAAGUACGAGAUUGGGAGGACCGUCGGCGAAGGGACGUUCGCCAAGGUGAAGUUCGCUCAGAACACGGAGACGGGUGAGAGUGUUGCGAUGAAGGUGAUCGACAGGAGCACCAUAAUCAAACACAAGAUGGUUGAUCAGAUUAAGAGGGAAAUAUCCAUAAUGAAGCUUGUUAGACAUCCACAUGUAGUUCGUCUGCACGAGGUUUUGGCAAGCCGCACAAAGAUAUAUAUAAUUUUAGAGUUCAUUACAGGUGGUGAAUUGUUUGAUAAAAUUGUCCGCCAUGGACGGCUCAGUGAGACAGAGUCCCGAAGAUACUUUCAGCAGCUCAUUGAUGGGGUGGAUUAUUGUCACUGUAAGGGAGUCUACCACCGAGAUUUGAAGCCUGAAAACCUUCUUCUUGAUUCCCAAGGAAACCUGAAAAUUUCAGACUUCGGCCUUAGCGCCUCGCCUGAGCCAGGAGUUAGCCUCCUUCGUACUACAUGCGGAACACCUAAUUACGUUGCACCAGAGGUGCUCAGCCAUAAGGGCUACCAUGGUGCUGUUGCAGAUAUUUGGUCAUGUGGGGUCAUACUUUAUGUUUUAAUGGCUGGUUAUCUUCCGUUUGAUGAGAUUGACCUUACAACACUGUACAGUAAGAUCGAGAGAGCGGAUUUUUCCUGUCCAUCUUGGUUUCCUGUUGGAGCGAAAUCCUUAAUUCACCGAAUUCUAGACCCAAACCCAGAGACACGGAUUCGGAUCGAAGAGAUCAGGAGUGAUGAGUGGUUUAGGAAGAAUUAUGUACCUGCCAGACAUGUUGAAGAUGAGGCUGUAAACCUGGAUGAUGUAAAUGCUGUUUUUGAUGAUCCUGAGGAUCAGCAGGUUAGCGAGCAGUCUGGGAAUAACGACAUGGGCCCUCUUGUUCUAAAUGCAUUUGACCUGAUUAUUCUCUCUCAAGGGCUGAACCUUUCAGCAUUGUUUAACCGAGGAGAGGAUUAUGUAAAGCAUCAAACCCGCUUUGUUUCCAAGAAACCAGCUAAGGUUGUUCUAUCAAGUAUGGAAGUAGUUGCACAGUCAAUGGGUUAUAAGACACAUAUUCGUAAUUACAAGAUGAGGGUGGAGGGUCUUUCAGCAAGUAAGACAGCACAUUUCUCUGUUAUCUUGGAAAUUUUUGAAGUUGCUCCCUCAUUUUUCAUGGUGGACAUUCAGAAAGCAGCAGGAGAUGCAGAUGAAUUUCUGAAGUUCUACAAGAAUUUCUGUAGCAAUCUUGAUGACAUCAUCUGGAACCCACCUGUAGAAACAAGCAAACCGCGAAACUCCAGGACCAGGCGCUGAUAUCCUUUUUUUAAAUCUUGUAUGAGCCAAUGUUGUUGUAGAUUAACCUAGGUUUUAGUCUGAAGCUCAAUUGGGCGGUGCUGUAUGCAACUUUGAGGUUGCAGGCUCAUCCCGGCUCACCAAAAAAAAAAAAAAACAAUUUUCUUAUCAUUUUGAGUAUGUAAAUCUAUCCUCUUGACUUUUCUUGAAUUUUUAUAGAGGAUAAGAGGUGAUAGAUGGUAUGGUUGAGUUUGGUAUAUGAUGAGGUUUCUGAUUUUAUUUUA